UAGCCGGAAGUGGGGGGGAGGCCGGGCCGGGACGCGGCGGCCCCGGGAGCGGCGGCGGUGCCGCCAUGAAGCGGGACGUGCGCAUCCUCCUGCUGGGAGAGGCCCAGGUGGGGAAGACAUCUCUGAUCAUGGCUCUGGUGGGCGAGGAGUUUCCUGAAGAGGUGCCCCCUCGUGCGGAGGAGAUCACAAUCCCAGCUGAUGUCACCCCCGAGAAGGUCCCCACACACAUAGUGGAUUACUCAGAGUCAGAGCAGACAGAGGAUGAGCUGCAGGAGGAGAUCGCUAAGGCCAACGUGGUCUGCAUGGUGUACGAUGUCACCAAGGAGGCCACAAUCGAGAAGAUUCGCACAAAGUGGAUCCCCAUGGUGAACGGGGGAGUCGAAAAGGGCGCCAGGAUCCCCAUUAUUUUAGUGGGAAACAAGUCUGACCUGCAGGUGGGCAGCUCCAUGGAUGUCAUCCUGCCCAUCAUGAACCAGUUCUCAGAGAUCGAGACCUGUGUGGAGUGCUCUGCCAAGAACCUCAAGAACAUCUCUGAGCUCUUCUACUAUGCCCAGAAAGCUGUGCUGCACCCCACUGCCCCCCUCUAUGACCCAGAGGAGAAGCAGCUGAAACCUGCGUGUGCACGAGCACUGACCCGGAUUUUCAACCUCUCGGACCAGGAUAAUAACCAGAUCCUGAGUGAUGAUGAACUCAACUACUUCCAGAAGUCCUGUUUUGGAAACCCACUGGCUCCCCAGGCCCUGGAGGAUGUGAAGAUGGUUGUGUGGAAGAACACCACAGACGGGGUGCAGGACAACGGCCUGACGUUGAACGGCUUCCUCUUCCUCAACACCCUCUUCAUCCAGAGAGGCCGGCACGAAACCACCUGGACCAUCCUUCGCCGCUUUGGUUACGAUGACGAGCUGGAGCUGACGGAUGACUAUCUCUACCCACAGUUCCGCCUGCCCCCCGGCUGCUCCACAGAGCUCAACCACUUAGGCUACCAGUUCCUGCAGCGGCUGUUUGAGAAGCAUGACAAGGACCAGGACGGAGCCCUCUCCCCUGCAGAGCUGCAGAACUUCUUCAGCGUCUUCCCCUGCGUGCCCUGGGGCCCUGAGCUCUACAACACGGUAUGCACCACUGAUAAAGGCCUGCUUUCCCUGCAUGGAUUCCUCUGCCAGUGGACGCUCAUGGCUUACCUGGAUGUGCGGCACUGCCUGGAGUGCCUGGGCUACUUGGGCUACCCCAUCCUCUCGGAGCAAGACUCCCAGACACAAGCCCUGACAGUGACCCGGGAGAAGAGGAUUGACCUGGAGAAAGGCCAGACCCAGAGAAACGUUUUCCUCUGCAAGGUGCUGGGAGCCAGGGGCGCAGGCAAGUCCGCCUUCCUGCAGGCCUUCCUCGGCAGGAGCCUCGCGGCCCAGAGGGAGAACCCGGGAGAGCCGUCCGUCUACGCGAUCAACACGGUGCAGGUCAACGGCCAGGAAAAGUACCUUAUACUGUAUGAGGUCAGCACCGACACAAAGUUUGUGAAACCGUCGGACGCAGCCUGCGAUGUUGCCUGCUUCAUCUAUGACCUGAGCGACCCCAGAUCCUUCAGCUACUGUGCCAGUAUUUAUAAGCAACACUACAUGGACAGCCAGAUCCCCUGCGUCUUCGUGGCCUCCAAGACAGACCUACCAGAAGCGAGUCAGCAGCCUGGGCUCUCCCCCACCGAAUUCUGCUACAAGCACUGUCUCCCACCUCCCUUCCUCUUCUCCUGCCACGGCCAGGGUCCGCCCGGUACCACCGUCUACACCAAGCUGGCGACCGCCGCCACCUUCCCGCACUUGAACGCCGUGGAGCUGGGAGCUGCGUCCUUCUGGCUGCGGGUGGCUCUGGGGGCCGCGGUGACUGCUCUGGUAGGGGUCACGCUGUACCGCGUGCUAGCCAAGAACAAAUGAGAGUCGCUCUUCACCCCGUCCUCCCUCUGACACCAGCCUCCCCCUCCCGAAUGACGCCCCAGUGAGGGGCCUUGCCUCAAACUGGUUCCUGGUGGGAAAUCCUCCUUUCCCCCCAGCCUGGAUUGCAGGACCAGUGAAACCGGACUUCCCAGCACCAGCAGGAUAGAUCCCCGGCACUGGCCAGCCUAACCGCGCCGGCCUCUGCAGCCUCCUUGCCCAUGUGGCUCCUGCCCAGCCAUGGCAGCAGGGGCCAGGCAGCUCUGCCUGGGUGUUCCACCUCACCGGCAGGUGGAGGAUCAUCCCCAUCUUUUAUUCUUUUUUUUUUUUUAACGUUUGUUUUUAAGCUCAAAACAUGAGUGUUUCGGUAUCUGCUGAGCCAGGCACAUCCCUUCCCCAGGGGGCUGUGCUGGUGCCCUCAAUUGGCGGGGGGGGGCACAACACUCCUGGAGCCCCUGGGGCCUCCGGCAGCCGGAGCAGAGCUGUCAAAGGGGCUGAUGGCUUGCCCCCUUCCCCCCCCCGGCACACCUCCAUCCCCAGGCCCUGUUUCCCUCUGCCAGCGCUGGGAAAGGCAGCGGUGGAGGGCCAGGCACUUACCCCCCUCCAAGCCCCUGUGUUUUGGGGUCCCUCCCAGCCCUUGCUGGGAUGCUGUGGCUGCAGCCCCCAGUCCUGGGCUGCGAGGGGAAGGAGCGAUGCCGGACACUUGUCCCAGGCUCCUUCUCUCUCUCGUUUCUGCACAAAAAUCCUCAGAGUCCUGCAGCGUGCCAGGCUCUCGGCCCAUCUGCCCUCCUUCCCUGCCUGGCUGCCUGGCCCAUGUUCCCCCACCCUUGCUCUGGCCACCAGUAUUCUCGGGGCCCCAGGAGUCCCGGUAAGCUGGGGAGGGCUGCGAGGGUGUAGGGUGCCCGCCGCACUCCCCGGGGCAGGCUGCAGUCCUUUCCUGGCAGUGCCAUCGCAGAGCUGGUGCCAUGCCGUGCCGUACGCUGGCAUAUGGCCCUUGUGCUGCUGUCUCCUCCGCGGGACCCUGGCUGCACUGAGGCUGUCCCCGAGCACGAGGCUCCGGGCGCUGCAUCUCCUGGUACGACUGGAACCUCUUUCCUCCCAUCCCCUGCCUGCGCCCAAGCCCCCGGGCAGCUGCCGUGACUUCAGUCUGGUGUAAAGCCGGCGCCAGAGUCUCACAGCAUCCACGUCUCCGAGUCCCACAGUGUCAGGGCAGCCCGUGCUGGUCCCCGCGCUCAACUCACACCCAUCUCUGGGCUCCCGCCCGUCGUGGGGGGGAUCCCGGGGCAGCUCCUGGCUCAGAGACACGAGCUCUAGGCUUUCCGAGCACACUCAGGGUAGGUUUCUCUGCAGGCAGCUGGUGGGGCAGCACCGAGGUACAGCUGGAGGUGCCUGUCUGUGUAUUUGUCUAUUUAAACUUUUUAUCGCGGCCUGGAGCCGGUGAAGGGGGUUGAGAAGUCGCUGGGCGGCAGCCGGCAUCUCUUACAGGGGCAAUCCUAGGGUGCUGCACCCAUCCUGCCUGUGCCCAGGCCGCAGCACUGGCUGGACACGGGGUCCCUGCCUGUGCCGGAGCCUCUCUGCCAGUCGGGCACCCGCUGCCAGCACGCUCGCUGCUGGCCUGUGGCUCGCGGCACUGCUAGGGCCACAUCCCUGGUGUUUCCGUAUCCCUUCUCCGGGGCCAAGCCCACUGCGUCCGGUGGUCUGACCCCGCUCCCGGCACCGCUCCAGGCCUGACAAAGCCAUACCGUUUUAGGAGGUUUGUUCUCUACAUGAAAAUAAAUUUUUACACACCUUC